AUGCAAAAUAGAAGGAAACUCUACGUAAAUACGCUCAUUGCUAUCUUUGAGUGGGGUGCUCGACAAAUCAAAACGACAAAGAAGAUGGAGAAAAUCAAGCGUGGUGAAAGCUCGGCUCAAUUGUUCAAUCUUGGCGAUUGUCUUUCAAGUUCGGAUGAUGAGCAGCCCUCUGAUGACAAUGAAGUACGAAGUGAUGGAUACGAAUCGGGAAGCGGUAUGCGGCGACGGCAUGGGUCUGGAACUAGUGUUUGUUCGGUGUCGUCAGUUUGUAGUCGCACGGAACCGGCCCUGCUCCGCAAGAAUAGCAUAAUUCGUCGCGAAACGCAGAUCCAAUUCGACGAGGACGAAGACGAUGGAGAAGUGCUGGUGAACAGUCGAGGAUGGGCUGUGAUGAGGGAUUCGAUCGACUUUGUCAAGGCUGGUAUCGAGUCGAUCAUCGAAGAUGAGGUCACUUCUCGAUUUGAGGCGGAACAAUUGGCUAGUUGGAACAUGUUGACGAGAACUUCAAUUCGAUUUUAUCAAUUCGUCAACUGGAAGCUUACGGUCCUCUAUUCGCUCGGAUUCUUGCUACGCUAUUGCGUUUUGUUGCCUCUUCGGAUAUCAAUCUUCAGCAUCGGAUUGGUGUUUUUGGUGGUCAGCACGGCGAUUAUUGGUCUUUUCCCCGAUGGAGCUUUGAAAAGGAGACUCAACUUUAACUGUAUGCUCAUCUGCUAUCGGAUUCUUUCAAGAUCGGUUUCUGCUGUAGUCCAUUUCCACGAUGAGCACAAUCGUCCUCCAGGCAGCGGAAUUGCUGUGGCCAACCACACGUCACCAAUGGACGCAAUGAUUUUAUCAACAGACAACGUGUACGCCUUAAUUGGACAACGACAUCCAGGCAUUCUUGGAUUGGUGCAACGAGCGCUUUCAAGAGCAUCUUCACACAUUUGGUUCGAACGAUCGGAGGCCAAGGAUCGAGCAACCGUUGCGCACAUGUUGCGUGAGCAUACAUCUUGGGCGAUUAUCUGCAACGUUUGGUACCUGCCACCAAUGAGGAUACAUGAAGGUGAAGAUGCGAUCGAUUUCGCUAACCGAGUGAAGAAGGCAAUCGCUCAAAAGGGAGGAUUGGUCGAUUUGGAAUGGGAUGGCCAACUGAAACGCUCACGCGUGCCACCGAAGCUCGUUCGGAAACAACAAGAAAAAUAUUGCCAUCGAUUUGCCCGUUACACUUCGACCAGCGACGGACUCAGGGCGAACGCGGAAGCAGAGGAUGACGGAGAAUACAUCACUUUCAAAUCACCGGGUGUUUCGGGAUACAAUUCGCUGGAAGAAUUGCCCGAAGACGUGAUUGUUUCAUCGGAUGAGGAUGAAGGGACAAUACCUGAAGAUGCGAUUCCAACGCGGCAGCGAAGGCGACAUGCAAGGGAGCGACAA